AGCACUGCAAUACGAUUUGAUUUGCGUCGUGACGAAGGAGGCUACGUAUGCUACGUAGCUAUGUUUGCAGAGGAACUAAACAGGAAGUAGCACGAGAACCGCUGCUGACAAUGUUUACAUUUAGUUUAACGCUCGUACGACAUGGGGAAACACAGUACAACAGGGAAAAGCUGCUGCAAGGACAAGGUGUGGACACGCUCCUGUCUGAAACAGGUGUGCGGCAGGGUGAGGCAGUGGGGCGAUACCUCAGAGACAUCACAUUCAACAAUGUGUUUGCCAGUAACCUACAACGAGCCGUACAGACAACUGAAAUAAUUCUGAGAAACAACACUCACUGUUCUGGCACGGAGAUGGUUUUGGAGCCGUUACUCAGAGAGAGGGGUUUUGGCGUUGCUGAAGGACAUCCCAAAGCGCAUCUGAAGAACAUGGCCAAUGCUGCUGGCCAGUCAUGUCGUGACUACACCCCUCCAGGAGGAGAGACUUUAGACCAGGUGAAGCUGCGAUUCAAAAAAUUCCUCAAAGUCCUUUUCAAGCAAAUGUUGGAUGAACACGGCUGGUCGGGACCAGAUGCCUCUGCAGGAGCAUCAGAAGCUGGAGACUCUGCGAACGGGACUGCAGUUGCUGCGCCAGACGUCGCUCUUGGUGGUUUGGCUGACGACGGCCUCCAGGGAGUGUCAGUCCACGCUCUGGUCGUGAGCCACGGCGCUUACAUCCGUGUAGCCAUCAAGCACCUUGUAGAGGACUUAAAGUGCUCUCUGCCUGCAGGCUUGAAGAUGUCGCAGCUGUUUUCCCCCUGUCCAAACACAGGCAUCAGUCGCUUCCUUCUCACUGUGAGCCAGUCCGAGUCUGGUCCGGUCCUGUCUGCUGCUCGCUGCUUCUUUACCAACCGAAAGGAUCACCUGGAAAACCUCACAACUGCUGAGUAGACAUGGGAUAAAAGUUUUAUGUAUGGAGUAUGCAUACUGUUUGUGUGCAUAUGUACACAGUCGAUGAUGAAUAACAGAAAAAUCAUGAACACUAAAGGGAAAUAAGGCAAAUACCUCAAAGUUACCGCAGCUGAAUGCAACAAUGCACAUGGUAAAUGAUGUUUUCUCACUAUUCAAUAGCGUUUUACUGUGGAUUAGUAGUCAAAAUAAUCAUGCAGUACUGUUCUAUCAAACAAUUUCAUUAUCCUUCUAAAUGUAGACCAGUAAAGACUCGUACUACAUUUUUAAUAUUUUUCAUUUCAUUGCCUCUUUUAUCACGUUAUACCAAAGUCAAAACUAUUUAAUGUAUUAUUGAACACUGUCAGUAGGUGUGGCAUUUUCAAGUUGACGUGUCUCCUUUGUUGUAGUUGUGGUGCUGCUCAUUUUACUUGCAAUAUAAUAUGAUAACACUGAA